AGCUUUGCUCAGGAGACUCUGGACGGUGUUACACUGCGAACUGAGACAUCCUUCACCUCUUCAUUCCUUGUUUUCUUCAUUGGCGCUGUGGAGAGAGUAACUUCUCUGUGCGGUAGGAUGCAGUAUUUGAGAUUGUCUUAAGAAAGGCACUUCAUCGCUGGAGGAGCGUUUCACUUGCUGGAGAGCCCUGCUAGAAGGCUCUUGGGUGUGCCUCUAAGCCUGGUUUUAGCAGAACUGUAAAAAGACUGCAUUCAGUAGCACUGGCAGUUUUUCAUUUCGGUGCAAUCUAGAAGUUGAUGCCAAGAACAAAUUGAACCAAGUGCUUGGGGGCUAAUUGCACAAGUUUCCAGAUAAAAUACAUAAGACUGGUCAUCUCGAUAGGCUGGUGAUGGCCACCACACCAAGCACCUUACCAAAGACAGCAUGGACAACACAAGUGUGAAAUGGCAUCUUCUCUCCAGCACUUUCUGGGAGACUUAGUUCUAUCCAGCCUUCAUGAAAUCUCUUCACAGAUGGAUUUCACUACUAACCCCUAGAUUACAGAUUCUCAAAUGGAAAGGUGAUGUGCCUUGCCUCCUCCUGCUGCAGUGUCACCCCAUACUGCAGCUGGAGGCUCUCGGUAACCCCCCCUCAGAGCAUUACGAGCACCAGAAACAAUCCCAUGCACGGGAGCAGAUCAGUCAUUUCCUAAAUGGCCACCUUCUCUCUGGGGGGUUUAAACCAGAAACUUCAGAGGGAAACUCGUGUGAAGCACUUCAGCCCUGAGGAGAUCUGCCUGGCCACCGCAGCAGAGCUAUGGCAGCAUCCCUUCUAUCAGUUCACGGGCUCCGCCUGUGAGCUAGCACUGACACUGAGGCACAGGGAUAAUGACCAUCAUGCUGCUAAAACCAGUUGACUUCUAGAGCAAGUUGAAAUUUGGAUCACUACAAGACAUUAACACUCCCAAUUAACAAAGUGUCAGAAGUUUAUAUGGAUCAGUAGUACUUGCUCAGGAGUGACAGUGGAGAUCAGCAUUAAGUCUGGUCCUCUGGUUUGAAUUGCAGACUUGAGGCUCUGGAUCCACCUCACACUGUCGGUGUUUUAUUGCUCCUUAUGGUGUAGCUGGUGAUCGUUCCUGAGAAGAGAGAAGAUGAUGAGUGAUGCAAGUGACAUGCUCGCUGCGGCUCUGGAGCAGAUGGAUGGCAUUAUAGCAGGUUCGAAGGCGCUGGAAUACUCCAACGGCAUCUUUGACUGCCAGUCCCCCACCUCCCCCUUCAUGGGGGGCCUGCGGGCACUGCACCUGGUGGAGGACUUGCGGGGCUUGCUGGAGAUGAUGGAAGCAGACGAGAGAGAGGGGCUGCGCUGCCAGAUCCCGGACUCGACGGCGGAGACUCUGAUCGAAUGGCUCCAAAGUCAAAUGACUAAUGGACACAUAUCUGGGAAUGGAGAUGUGUAUCAAGAAAGGCUGGCUCGUCUGGAAAAUGAUAAGGAAUCUCUUGUUCUGCAAGUAAGUGUGCUUACAGACCAAGUGGAGGCUCAAGGAGAAAAGAUUCGGGAUCUGGAGUUCUGUCUAGAGGAGCACAGGGAGAAGCUGAAUGCCACGGAAGAGAUGCUGCAGCAGGAGCUUUUAAGCAGAACAUCCCUUGAAACUCAGAAGCUGGAUCUUAUGGCAGAGGUUUCCACUCUGAAGUUAAAGCUUACAUCUGUAGAGAAGGAUAGAUUGGACUAUGAGGACAGAUUCAGAGACACAGAGGAUUUAAUCCAGGAAAUCAAUGAAUUGCGGUUGAGAGUGGGAGAAAUGGACAAUGAAAGACUCCAGUAUGAGAAAAAAUUGAAAACAACCAAAUCUUUAAUGGCCAAACUUUCUAGUAUGAAAAUCAAAGUGGGUCAGAUGCAGUAUGAAAAGCAGCGGAUGGAGCAAAAAAGCCAGAUGCUAAAGGAUGAGCUAGGAGCUUUGAAAGACAAACUAGAGCAGAAGGAAGCUGAGGUAAAAAGGUUGCAAGAAAAAUUGGUUUGCAAGCUGAAAGGAGAAGGAAUUGAAAUUCUGGACAGAGAUAUAGAGGUACAGAAAAUGAAGAAGGCGGUAGAAUCUCUAAUGGCAGCAAAUGAAGAGAAGGAUCGGAAGAUAGAAGAGCUUCGGCAAUCACUGAAUAGGUACAAGAAAGUUCAAGACAUGGUGAUAUUGGCUCAAGGUAAAAAAGGCAAGGAAAGUGACAGUGAAGACUUCUUGAAUUCAGGGUCUGUUUCCACGGUUUUAUUGGACACACCAAGUCUGACUGACCCAGAGAAAAGCCCAUCCCCAACCCCAGUAACAGCAUCUCCAAUCCAUGAUGAGUUUAACGUGAAUAUUCACGAAGAGAAUUCCUUACAGAUCCACACCAGUAUUUUACAGAUUUCAAUCCCUUCUUUUUCAUCAACAUCGAAGGGCUCAGAAAUUGUUGCAGAGAAAGUGAAAACACAGCCUAGGCCGGAUCCUGCAAGUGAAAUAAGUGAAGGAAGAUCAACAGGUUCCUCCCCAGAAACUCAGCUGUGUGAUAGUCCAGUAACUUCUUUGCUGCAGAAGUCCAGCAGUCUGAGCAGUUUGAGAAAAGAGACAUCCGAAAUGGACAGAGACUCUGCACAGAAGCCAACAGAGGUUAAACCUCCUGUGGAAGGUAAUAAUUUUGCAACCCUCCCUCCGAAGUCUCCUUCUCAUGGCGGCACAGGCGAUGAGGAUAGUUUUGGUACCCGUAAAGCCAGAUCUUCAUUUGGACGAGGCUUUUUCAAGAUAAAAAAUAACAAGAGGACCGCGAGUGCCCCCAACCUAGCUGAAACAGAGAAGGGAUCUGCAGAUCACUUGGAUCUGGCUGGCUUGCCCCCUCGUCCAAAAGAAACGGAUAGUCUACAGAUGACGCCACCUUCUCCAGAUUCAAAGAAAAAGGCAAGGGGGAUCAAAAAGCUAUUUGGAAAACUUAAAAGAAGCCAGUCCACCACCUUCAACCCAGAUGACAUGUCCGAGACGGAGUUCAAAAGAGGAGGGACAAGAGCAACUGCAGGGCCUCGACUGGGCUGGUCUCGAGACCUGGGGCAGUCUCACAAUGAGCUGGACAUGCCAUUCGCAAAGUGGACAAAGGAGCAGGUUUGCAACUGGCUCCAGGACCAAGGGCUAGGCUCUUACAUAAGCAAUGGCAAACAUUGGAUACUGUCUGGGCAAACGCUUCUGCAGGCUUCUCAGCAGGAUCUGGAAAAGGAACUUGGGAUAAAGCACCCAUUGCAUCGGAAGAAGCUUCAGCUUGCUCUGCAGGCACUUGGAUCUGAAGAGGAGAACAAUCAUGGAAAACUGGAUUACCAUUGGGUUACCAGGUGGCUGGAUGACAUUGGCCUCCCCCAAUAUAAGACCCAGUUUGAUGAAGGAAAGGUGGAUGGCCGAAUGCUCCAUUACAUGAGCGUGGAUGACUUGCUGUCCUUGAAAGUUGUCAGUGUCCUCCACCACCUCAGCAUCAAAAGAGCCAUUCAGGUUUUGAGAAUAAAUAACUUUGAGCCGAACUGUCUGCGCAGGAGGCCGUCUGAUGAGCAUAAUGUCACGCCUUCUGAGGUCACCCAGUGGACCAACCAUCGGGUGAUGGAGUGGUUACGCUCCGUUGAUCUGGCAGAGUAUGCACCUAACCUGCGGGGGAGCGGUGUGCAUGGGGGACUGAUGGUUUUGGAGCCUCGUUUCAAUGUAGAAACCAUGGCACAGUUGCUGAACAUCCCACCAAACAAGACGCUACUGAGACGGCACUUGGCGACUCAUUUCAACCUCCUCAUUGGGCAGGAGGCCCAGCAGCAGAAGCGUGAAGCCAUGGAGUCCCCAGACUACGUCCUCUUAACAGCGACUGCCAAAGUAAAGCCAAAGAAACUUGCCUUCAGCAAUUUUGGGAGCCUGAGGAAGAAGAAGCAAGAUGAUGUGGAAGAGUAUGUGUGUCCUAUGGAGCUGGGGCGGGCAGCUGGAAGUGGGUCAAAGAAGGGUUUUAAGCCUGGCCUGGAUAUCCGAGUAUAUGACGAUGAUGAUUUGGACAGGCUGGAGCAGAUGGAAGAUUCAGAAGGGACAGUGAGGCAAAUAGGAGCGUUUUCUGAAGGCAUCAACAACUUGACACACAUGUUGAAAGAGGAUGAAAUGUUUAAAGACUUUGCGACUCGCUCUCCUAGCACCAGUAUAACAGAUGAGGACUCCAACGUGUGACAGUAACCACCGGGCACUGACAAAGGCUCACUUUCCUAUGUGCAAGAAAGGUCAUCGUUACACGUGUCGGGCAGCAGAUCACGUACAUUACAUUGCUCUUGCUUCUGUUUGUUAGAAGUAACAUUAGGGGAGUGGAGAAUUUGGAAAAAAAAAGGAGGAAAAAAAAAAAAUGGUGCCUACUCUAAAAGUUGCCAUAAGAAACACCCAGACACUGGUGAAUGGUAAUUGUUUUUAACUGUAUUUAAUGUACAAACUGGUGAUACGUUUCAAAGUGUUGCAUUUAAAUUUAUGUGGUAUGAUAGUGCUCGUUUUGUUUAUUCACGGCCUCAGAUAAUCCUUUAUAUUGUUUCAAAAUAACAGAAGAUGUUAGGUAGAAGUACUGUGUGGAUAUUGUGCAUCAGCUUUCUCUAGUCUCUCAGCUGAAAAAGAUGUUACUGCUCUUUUUCAAGUGCAUUUGUUUGGCACAAAUACCAGUUCUGCCCUUCCUAUGAUAUCCAGUGUAGGGUUUUAGCAAUUCAUGCCCUGCAUAAACUCCCCAGUAGCUCUUGACUGUUGGUCUUAUUUUUAUACUGUUUUAUAAAAAAAAAAAAAAAAAAAAAAAAGUAUAUGAAGAACAUAUAAAAGCAAAAAUUUUAAUUUUGUGAGAUAGUGAUGGAAAGUUUGAGGUGUAGGGGAGGGGGAGAGAGUUGUAAAAAAAAUUAUGCCAGUUUGCGUACCAGCUGGUUACUGGAAAAGGCAGGCUGACCUUUGGAACUGUUUGCUUUCGUUGCUUUUUACUAAGUGCACAGUUUAAUGAUCUUCCAUUUGGGAUGAAACAAUUACAAAGCAUGUUUCUUCCAGCAGCGACACCUACGGAAACUGCACAUUUUAAUACGUCUUCUUUCUUGUUCCCAGCAGGAGUAGUUAUAGCAUUCAAACAAGGUUAUUAACACUUCUGUGACUUAAAAAAUUUCUUUAAAGUUGAGAGUACUCCCCGCAUAUGGAAGGGAUAUUUCUGUGCUGUGACUAACGUAAAGAUGGUGUAGUUGCAAAAAAAAAAAAAAAGUUAUAUAGAAAAAUGUAUAGGAAAUAUAUUAUUUCAUAAUAUUAAAGCUAAGGUGGGACUUCUCCUCCAAAAUUCAAAUAUCAAACGUUGCUCAUCAUUUUACCAUCUUAAAGCACAACUCCUCUGUAUCUGAAGAUCAUCAGAUUUUAAAAAUCAUAACUAGCCAGUGGAAAUCUUUUGUCAGACUUCUGCUACCGCGAGGUGUCCUAGCCAAAAGCAAACAAGCGAAAAAAAGUAACUCUGUUUAUUACAGUGGUCAUUCGUAUGGUGUUGAAUGUUGCAUGUAUUUUAGCACAAUGGCAUGAAGCUUCUGUGCUUUGUAAAAGCAAAAAGAGUACAGCUGGAGUUGUUUGCAGUGGUGUGUUGCUUUACCAAGGGUUUGUCAGUCGUUUCAUCGCUGUCCUUGCUGGACGUGAGGCCGUUUCCGACAGUUGCUGGUGCGGUGCAGGGGAUGUGAGAUUUGCACUGACUUUGUGGAUAUUUCUGAAACACUAUUAACAAGGAAGAAAGGCUCUUUCAGGACUUCCAGGGAGCUCCCAUCAGAUGUUGUGGGUUUGAGAUACAAUAGUAUAAGGCUAGAAUGUAACCUGACAAGCUAUUACCAGCCUGGUUCUUGGAAGGAUGUGCAGUGUAGGCUAUUAUUUAUGUACCAAGAUGAAAAAUUUGAUGUGGACUGGUUGUGUUAUACAUAAUAUCAAGUGCUGCCAUUUUUUCUUUAGCAACUGGAGCCAGGCAAACAAUCCACGAUGCAUCCAUAAAAUAGUUUGUGCUGCUUACCAUUUGUCUAGAAACAGAUCACAACUGAUCCUUUAUUCAAUAUUCUUCUUUAAUUCCUGCCUGCAAAUAAUUUGCUGUCUGUUGUUUCUUCCUCUGCAGUUGGGGGCGUUUGAGCUAUUUUAUUCGGGCAGAAAUACCACAUUAUGUCACGCCUGCUGUCAGCUUUAGGGUGCAGAUGCUUGGGAUGUGAAUUCAGGGCUCGCUUUCUGUGAAACUCUGCGAUAUGGUUAUUAUUUACACGCAAGUUGAGCUUAAGACCCUGCUCUCCCAAAUGCUGGAGAAGCACUGGGGAGACAUGGUGCAGGCUUCUGAGCUAAAGUAUUCCUCCAGAUUUGCUCUCACUAGAUGCCGACUAGUUAACAUGAUUAGUUAACAUGACUAGAUAGCCACAGGAUUAAACAAAAGGGGGGCUAGUGACACGAUAUUACGUGCUGAAGUAGGCACAAACAAAUACUCUCUGAUUUCUCUUCAGUCCAGUGCUAUUAGCAAGCAUAUCGACAAUGGCAAAGGACGGUUUAUUUAAGUCCAGUGUGAGUAGCAUUCUGCUCCGAGCAGCCCUUUCCUGCAUUCAGCACUUGGAAGCCAGGUCAUCCCCUUGAAGCUGCCCAUCAUCUGAACCUUGGUUAUUUUAUGGGGCGGAAUAUGAAAGCAAGCAGUAAAGUCAGGAAGUUUCUGUGCACGUGUGCACACAGUCGAUACCCUUGGGGUAUUUUAAUUUGCGCGUGUUUGAAGAGGGCAACAUAACUACUGUGUAUUGCCAUGUAAAAUCCAAUAAAGUCUGUGGAAAAUGC